ACGCCUAAUCAUUAAGAAGGCGCUUUAAGGUACCUGAGGUGGACAAGCACUAUCGUGGUGUUGCUGUCGACAAUAAUUGAUCCAAGCAUAGUCUAAUUGUUUUUCCUUGAUCACUUAAAUGGUUUCAGAACAUGUGGUACCCUCAACCUGUCGUCGUACCGUUCGUUUUUGAGUCGCAUUCAGUCACAUAUGAGGAUCUUUCUGCCAGAGCCAUGUGGCAGUUCAUUCCCUUUCACCAACGUGCGUAUAAUGCAAUGAACGAGAUUGAUGUGUUGCUGAAUUUCUUGUACAUGUCUCAAGGCUUUUACAAUGAUCCACUGCAUACCAACGCUGAAAGGAAGUUUCUGCUGAUGAGGUCACUUUUUGAGCUUGUCUUGGCCAAUGAAUACCUGGAGCUCACAGAUCCAAAGUUGCUUGGAUGGUUCCUGUGUUUAACAGCAGAAGACAGGACCUUAAUUAUAAAAGAGGGAGGGCUUUUGACAUUUAUACAGAAACAUCCUGCACUUCAAGUGGACAGACAGUAUGUUUAUGUGAAACCAAAAACCAGAGAAAACUGCAUUUCCCCUCCAACGACUAUGUCAUCGAAGAAGUCAAGGUACCCAUCAUUUUAUGGUGCAUCCCAGUGUCAUAAUUGUGGGACCAGUUGUCCAUUUGGUUCCAAGAAGUGCAGAUGUUGUGGCAUUCACAUUGAGAUUGCAGAAGACAAAGUCUGUAUGUCAGAGAAUGAGAAACAACUUGAGCUGCUGCCAAACAGUGUGAAAGAAGAGCUGAACGUCUUAACUGCCCAAAAUGGCGCCACUUUUGAUUGCACACAGAGUACCCUAAAUACUCAGAAAACUAGAUGCACGCAGAGCUGUGAUUAUGGAGGUUCUGCUGCACGUUCUCCUUCGUACAGUAAAGGAAUGUGUCCACAUGCCCAGUGUCUGUCUCAGCUGUGGAAGGAAGUAGAGAACAGGGAGAACACCAAACACUUUAAGGACACAACAGCCCAAGCGAGCUUCUCCCUCGAUAUGGAACUGGAUAGGCAGAGUCAGGUUCAGAAGAAUGACUGUACCCAGAAUUACCAAGACCAAUCUUACAUACAAGCGGAAGAAGCAGAUUACCACAAUCUGGAUCAGGAAGCGAUGCCAGAAUACCACAGUUUCAGUAACACCAGCUUAGACCACUCCGGAUGGAGCGAUGGCACCCGGAGCACAGAGCCAGGCUACAGUGAUUCAGCCAUGGCCACCAAAGGCAGUACUGAACUGUCAGAUGAAGCAUCAAAUGCCACCAUGGCCACUGCUGCUAACUCAUCUGAUUGUUUCUCUUGCCUUAGCAAUUCUUUUGAGGUGGAUAAUGAAUCAGGAGACCAUCAAGAAGACCUGAGAAAGAAGCAUGACUCAGCAUAUGAGCAACAGAUUGAAGAGAUUUCACUGAAAUCCAAAUCUGGCGCUUCAGUUUUUGUGGAUCAAAUGAUAGAUGCCUGUGGUGAUUUCAGAGCCUGUUUCACAUCUACAUGUGCAACAGAGGUUCAUCAGAUUUUCCAAAUGAAAAAUGUUGCCACUGACACAGACUUGCUCGCUGUCAACGAUGAGAAAGAUACACAGACUGUGCAAAAAGCCACAUCAGAAAAGAACACCAUUACUGAAGUCUGCAUGUCUGAUCUAGAUGUCCUCACAGAGGAAUUCAUAAAGCUAAAGGAAACAACAAAUGAGCUGCAGCAGUUGAAGAGCAGAAAGGCAAGCCCUAGUGCUGAUGGUGACCACUGCAGGGGAGUAUGUGGGUGUGACUGUGCCCAGCGGUUGAGAAGAGCAGAACUGCGUCUUCUCGCUCUUCAGUUUGUCAUGUGUCAGCAGCACUGCUGGCGAUACUGCUUCACCUCCCCACUGGGUGAAAGUGCUCUUUGGGGGACUGAGGGGCUGCCAGACAGCAUAGCGGAAAGACUGAAUGUACUACAGAAAGAUUACCUUGAGAUGAGGAAACAAAUUCUAGCAGGCACUCCUCUGGAUGACCUUAAACCAUUGUCAGUAGACACUGAAAAGACAACUACAAUGGCAAACUACAGCCCAGCAUUGGUGCUUGAGGCCCAUUUAGACUCACUUGGCUGUCCAGGAAGUACCAUUGCAAGUGGUGACGGAGUGGUUGAAGAGAGGACAGCACUGAGCACUGAAGUUUGUCGGGACACUGAAGCUGCUUUGGAUGAUGCAAAAAGUGAUGGAAACAAGCAAGAUAAAUUGUUAGUCUUUUUACACAAGCAGCCAGAAGCUUCCGCUGAGAAGAUCCCUGUAGGUGUCAUCAAGGAUCCGAAUAGCAGUGAGGCUUGGUUUGAUGCAGAAGAGGAACUUGGGUCUCCAAAUCAGGAUGGGAAGACUGAGAAACUGAUUGAAAGGAGGGAAAGGACUGACGAAGAUGAAUCAAACCAAAGUUCCCUCUUGUGCAUUACAAGCUUGCCAGGCAAUAUCACUGAGCAUGAAGUGCUGCUUUGGUUUGAGAAGUACAAUGCCACAAAUGUUUCCAUCUCCACUUUCAGCAACAGUAUGAGAGCAGCUAUUGUCUAUCUCAAGAACCCUAGCGAUGCCAAGGCAGCAGUUAAAGAUCUAAAUGGGUGCUCCCUCCAAGGCCACACUGUCCAGGUGGUGCAACUCUGUGGGCCUGCCUCAGCUGAUCCUAAACUGAUUAGUAAUCAGUUCCACAGCACCUUAGAAACCCACAAAGCAGAAACUGCAGGAGGUGGCCUGGGAGUGAAGUGUCUAACAUACAAUUCCUCACAUGGAGGGCCGCGCUGUAGUGUGGACAGGUUAACCAAUGUCUGUGACUCGCCCACAGCCUCUGGCACCUGUGUGCCACAGCACUAUGCCACCAUGGGAAGUUUUGACACAAUCAUGGCCCGGCUGUCGGAGCGCCACCCAAAUGUAGGUCGUCAGAGGAUCGUAGAUGCCCUCCUGGAACUGCGGGCCAAGCAUCAGGGCUUCCUCAGUGGCCUUCCUUUGAGAUCUAUAGUGGAUAUGACCUCUGAGCUUCUCACACAGGCCUCUAUUCCGACAUAUAUUUGAGUUUGAGCUGUUUUAAGCAGUGGUAAAGGCCUUGUAAAUAGUUCCCUGACCUGUAUGACUGGAUUUCAGUUAUAAGUUCGGUUUUUGCAGCAAGCUUUUGUUUUCUAUAACCAUUUCAUAGUAAGUCAUUCAUUGGAGCACUUCCGUCUCCUGGAAACGGAAUAAUUUUUUUUAUUCAUUUCAGGUUUUUCAGGUUUCCAUCUCUGCUGUUAUCAUUUAUGAUAAGUGCAUGUAGGAGUUUCCUUUUGUUUCUUGAAUAAAAAUGUUUUCCUCUGUUUCCUAUAAUGAUUUGAUGGGCAAGCCCAGGCACAUCAUCUGAAAGCUGAAUGAAACUUUCAACUGAUGUAUGGAUGGUUAGGAUAGGACAAUA